AUGGAGGCUCCAGGCCCUUCAGAAGCGUCACCAGAAUGCUCUGCAUCAACAACCUCUGCCAUGGACCAAAUGCAGGAGAGCCUGGUGAAACCUGAUGUCAGCGAAAAUCAGUCAUCUCACGAUUUGGAACCCUCGACUCCGAUCCGCAUCAUGUCCACUGUUACACCAGCUCGAGAAACUGCUCACCAGCCCCGCCUUCCACCAGGAGUUCGAGUUGUUCGAGGGUCGUCAGCCAGUGCAACAGCGUCUGCUAUGCGCGCACCGACACACCAAGUGCGUACAGUUUUGGGCACUGGUGCCUCCCAUCCAGGACGCAUGGUGGCUUCCGGUUCCACAUCGCCAGGCUCAUCAGGAGGGAUUCGCAACGCUCCUAUCAGAACAGUGGUAGGUGCUGGGCCUGGAAUGCGUGUUAUGCAACAAGGAGGACGAACGUUGAUUGCGGUACCAAGUGGCUCCCGCCUGGCCGCUACACUUUCAUCUGUGGCUGCUCGAGCUGCUCCUGUUGAGCUUUCCACCUCCGGUAGCUCUGGUCCUGCUCUUGCUGUUAUUGAUGUUAAUCGGUCGAAAUCUAAUGCGAAACUGGAUUGCGGCGAGCGUGUUGCCGAUGAGACCAUGGGCACAUCUAUGCAUACGGAUUCUGACGACGUUCACAGUGGUAAUGAGACUGCCGGUGGGGUAAUGGAGGGCAUGGAAAGUGUUUCAUCUGUAGAUGGAUCAACUGCUUCAAACUCUCCUCAACCGAAUGGUUCCGUUACCAUAUCACCGGAGACAAUGACCGAGGACAAGCGAAAAGGCGUGGAAGGGCGAUUAAAUUCGGCUGAAUAUUCUCUUGCUACUGGCGAUUUGGUUCGUGCUCAAUAUAUUCUGCCCUCUGACCAAUUGCCUCGACGAUCUACUAUUCCACGUGAGGAGAACCCGCUGACCAUCACCGAGCAGGCACGGCUGUCUCGAAGACCAAUUAGUAGUUCACUC